AGAGUCGAUGCAUCGGCGUGCACUGGAGGGGUGCGAGAGGAUUCUUGGACCACACCACCCAGGCACCCUGUCAAGUGUUAACAGCCUUGCUAUUACGCUAGGAGACCAAGGAAAGUACGCCGAAUUAGAGUCGAUGCAUCGGCGUGUACUGGAGGGGCGCGAGAGGAUUCUUGGACCAGACCACCCAGGCACCCUGUCAAGUGUCUACAACCUGGCUAAUACGCUGCGAAACCAAGGAAAGCACGACGAAUCAGAGUUGAUGCAUCGGCGUGCACUUGAGGGGCGCGAGAAGAUUCUUGGACCACAUCACCCAGCCACCCUGUCGAGUGCCAUCAGCCUAGCUACGGUGGUGCAGCUCCAGCGUGGGCGCGGUGAAUCAGGGGUCAUAAGGCGGCAUCUACGGCGGGCACUACUAAGAAAUCCGGAAAAUACCCGACCCCAAUCCGCCGGCCAUGCCCUUCGUCGUUCACAGAAGACCGCAGUUCCCCCCGUUCACCACGGAUCGCAGUCCUCCGCUAGGUCGGCGGGCCGGUAAAGUGGUUCACCACAUCCGAGGUAGUUCGGUUGCACUAGGGGCGUGAGAGGUGGGCUACCAGCUUCAACCCGCGGAGGAGGCACUUCGAAUAUACCGGGAAAAACCACAGUUUGUGCGGAGUUAGGAACGCCAAACUAGAGGCUGUCAGUCGUAUGUCAUUGCAGUACAGUAUGAAGGAUGUAUUGGGCAUUUUUAACUUCUUUUUGUAUUUGUUUUCCCUUGUUUGUUUUCUCUUUUUGUGAUAUACCAGCCCGCACACCUUCUCACCAGGUAAAUUCCUUGCAAUCAGUUCGGUGGUUCCAGGAUAAUAUAUUUGAUUGAGCUUGUAUUCACGCAAUCCUUGUCUACUACCUGGAAUCAUAGGAACUCACUCGUUGGCUAUCCCCCAGCAUUGGUUGAAACAUGCUUCUGACACUACGAGUAACGGGUAUUGUGGCAUCAUUCAGACUCUUACUUUUUCUCCUUACAUCAAUUCCUAUCCCAGGCACACAUCUGGGCCUCCGGUACUAUUAAAGAUACCUCCUUGCAUUUCUAUUUACUUUUCUUUCCUCUGCUAUUGUUCCUGUUCGCUCAACCUAAUUGUCUCGCUCACAAUAGUAGAUAGUAAGAGCUUCUCGCUCUUCC